AUGACCGCAAGGCGUUUGAAUCUCUCUGGAAUGGAAGAGAACUUUGACCCCGCAUGGGAAAACUUCGGUACAGGGAGUGGUGGACUGAGUACAUCAAACUAUGCCAACGAAGCCGCUUUGAAUUCGAGUGGAAUGCUCGGGAGCCGUCGUCAGCCGCGUGUUGCCGACAACUCGCUUGGCGGAGGUCUUGCCGCGCCGCGUACACCACUCGCCGAAGAGAGAACGAUGAACCGCACGUCUUUCGGCACGACGUCAGGGGAACACGCGGAUCCUACGAUUUUGAACGCCUCUGCUCACGAGGAGCUUUACUCGGCAUAUAACUUGCUGCAUGCACUGGCGCAGGACUUCAAGAAACCGUUCGACGCCCCUGCAAUCGUCGUGAUCGGCCACCAAACGGAUGGAAAAUCUGCACUGAUUGAGGCACUCGUUGGGUUCCAGUUCUCGCACGUCGGUGGCGGCACGAAAACGCGUCGGCCAGUCACGCUUCAUAUGCAGUACAAUCCACGCUGUGCGCAGCCACUCUGUUUUCUCUCCACCGAUCAAGGCGAAGAACAGCGAUCGCUUGCCGAAAUCCAGGCCUACAUCGAGGCGGAGAAUCUCAAACUAGAAACUGAUCCGUUUCGCUCCUUCGACCCAGAGGAGAUCAUCAUCCGCAUAGAAUACAAAUACUGCCCAAACUUGACGCUUAUUGAUACACCGGGGUUGCUCUCACCACCGCCGGUUGGACGCCGGGCAAAUCCCCAGCAACAACAAGCUAUUCAAGCGAGCCGCGAAGUCGAAGACCUGGUGCUGGCAAAAAUAUCGCGCCCCGAGUACAUCAUCCUUUGCUUAGAGGACACAGCAGACUGGCAUACGGCAACGACGCGACGUAUUGCAAUGCAGGUCGACCCGGACUUGUCUCGGACGGUGCUCGUGAACACCAAGCUGGACGCCAAGCUGCCACAAUUCGCACUGGGUGCCGACCUUGAGCAGUUUCUUCUCGCUCGCCCGGUUCUGAACGCCCACCCGGAGCUUCUCGGAGGUCCAUUCUACACGGCAGUUCCGGCAGGGCGGGUUGGCCAUACACGGGAGCAUGUUUUUGAGAGUAACGAGCGCUUCCGUCAAGCGAUCGCCCGCCGUGAAGCUGAAGAUCGUGCUUAUAUCGAGCGCAAAAUCGGCAAGCCGCUUCCUCGUGCGCUCCGUGAUCGCAUAGGAGUCAGUAAGUUACGGGCUUUUCUGGAAGACCUUUUGCAGACUCGGUACAUGCAAAGCGUGCCAUCUAUAGUGCCUUUGCUGCAGGGCGAGUUCCGCAACGUCGACCAGGCGCUCCGGCGCACGCUCGAGGAGCUCGAGUCCAUGAGUCUCGAGCGCCUAAAAGAAAAGGGGCGCGUCUACGCAGAAGACUUUCUCCGCCGGCUCGCAGCCGUCAUCAAGGGCACGAUUCGCGCACCGCCUACACUCUGGGGCGAAUCUCUGGCCGAUGAGCGCAUUCGUGGAGGCUCUUAUCAUGACCUGGGAAGUGUUGGUACCAAUCUUCAGUCCGCGCAAGCUGGCGGUAUAGCACGACUGGCCAUUUCGUCCCGGGGCGAGUCGCGCGUGGAAAACGAAGAAGCGCGGCUCUUUGGUGGUGCCCAGUACUACCGCGCUCUCCGAGAAUUUAAGACUGUUGUCGCUGAGAUGGAACGUCCACCAGUCACACCCGAGGAAAUCGUCAACGCAACUGGUAUCGACGACGCUCACGACGGUGCGAACUACAUGCGAGCGGCUUGCGUCAUUGCGGUGGAGAAAGCGCGCGAUGCCUUCGAUCCGCUCCUUGAGCGCCUAACCCUGCGUUGCCUACAUAUUUUCCGACGCAUGUUUCCGGUCGUCGAAUUUAUCAUGAGGCGUGAUAAUCUCACCCUCAACGAGGCACUCGAUAUCCCAUUCAGGCGCAUUAUGGAACAGAUCUUCUGUGAGUUUUUGGACCGAACAGCCGCGAACGUGCAGCGCAUUUGCCGCGAAGACCUCGAGAGCAUGACGCGUUUUGUUACUUGGAACCUGAGCCAGCCCAGCAAGGCUGCACUGCGGCGCUUCCUUCAGCCCGUCGCUGAAGAGCUCGGCGCCCCGGCUGCAAUUCAGGAGAGCCUAUUCGGAUCACCGGUUAGUCCCGAACAGGCAGCUUCCGAGGCAGUGGAUGAGUUUUAUGCGAGUCAGCAAUAUGGAGCGCAUGACUCCGACGGCACGAGCGCAGGUGCUGGAACUGCGAAAGCGUAUGCGCAUCCCGCUGCUGGGCGGUUAGCAGGCAGCGCUGGGUCACGGGUUAUGCUGCCACGGAAACUAGAACGCGGCAAGGAUGGUAAGCUGAUCCUUCCCAGCCGCGUUGCAGCUCAGGAAGUCAUCCUGCAGUUCAUGGACGACCUCCUCCUGAGUCGCGUCGUGACGCCCUCCAGCAUGGCAGUCGUGUCCUCGCUUGUUGACCAUAUUGUCGACGCCUGGCGGAUGCACUUUGCCAAAGUUGUAGAACUCAAGUUCAAUUGCUUCUUCCUGAUGCCAGUUGUAGAGGAGUUCCCACGUUUCUGCCGCGAAAAGCUCGACCGUCUCUAUGGCGGCGACCUCAACGAUGUCUUCAAUAUCGCUGAGGCGCGGGCAGCUCUCGAACGUCGUCGCGAGGAACUACUCCAGGAAAGACGACGUGUCGAGAAACUCCAGGAGAUGUUCAACGCGAUCAACUCUCAACUCACUGGCUACCACGCGGGAUUGCCUUACCCGCAAGACUCGGCAGGUGCGGGUGCUGCGCUAUCGUCUGCGUCCGCUCCGGGAGCAGCGGCGGCAGCUUCACAACCAGGUGGUGUUAGCGCUGGGCUCGGGGCCACUGUUCGUUACCCCGAUCUGCGGCGCUUCGAACAAGGAAGCCUUCAACGGGCCUGGUAG